AUGACAGUCAUGACUGGACAAAUGAAGAUGGGGAUGAUCAUCCAUGCAAAGAUGAGCACAUUUAUCAUCAUAUGCAGCUGCCUUUGUCUCUCUUUUACUGGAGCCUCAGAAACAGAACGAAGGCUCCAUAAGAAGCUGUUUGAGAACUACAACAUGAAAGUCCGACCAGCUCGUUACUGGGAGGAGAAGGUGAUGGUUCGGGUGGGGAUGACCCUCUCUCAGCUUGUCAGCUUGAACGAGAAGAAUGAAGAAAUGACAACCAACGUUUUCAUGAAUCUGGCAUGGACAGACUACAGGUUGUCAUGGAACCCAGACGAGUAUGAUGACAUUAAUGUUCUGAGGAUUCCUCCCAAUAAGGUGUGGCGUCCCGACAUCUACCUCAUAAACAAUAACGAUGGUCAGUUUGACGUGGCUCUUUACGUCAACGUCUUGGUUUACAGUGAUGGGACAGUCAAUUGGCUUCCCCCCGCCAUCUACCGCAGCUCCUGCUCUAUAGAGGUGUCAUACUUUCCAUUCGACUGGCAGAACUGCAGCAUGAUAUUCCGCUCGUACACCUAUGACGCCUCAGAGGUGGACCUGCAGUACUUUCUGGAUGAAGAAAGCAAUGAGAUUAAAGAGAUUGUCAUAGAUGAGAACGCUUUCACUGAAAAUGGAGAAUGGGCCAUCUGUCACAAACCCACCAGAAAGAACGUUAAAGAGGACCUGUACGAGGACAUCACCUUCUACCUCAUCAUACAGAGGAAGCCUCUUUUCUACAUCAUCAACAUCAUCGUGCCCUGCAUCCUCACCAGCGUAUUGGCUAUAUUUGUCUUCUACUUGCCUCCUGGAGCAGGAGAGAAGAUGACUCUCUCCAUUUCCGUCCUCAUCGCUCUGACUGUCUUCAUGCUUCUGCUGGCUCAAAAGGUCCCUGAGACUUCCCUCGGCAUCCCAAUUAUUGUCAACUACGUCAUGUUCACCAUGAUCCUGGUCACUUUCUCUGUCAUUCUAAGUGUAGUCGUACUCAAUCUGCACCACCGAACGCCCAGCACACACAUCAUGCCGAACUGGGUUCGAAUUGUAUUCAUUCAGUUCCUGCCAAAGUACAUCGGCAUGAUGAGGCCAAACGCAGAUGAUGCUCUGGUGAAGUCUAACGAUGACUUGCCCACCCAAAGCUUCAAUGGCAGGCAGCCUGGAGGAGAAUACUUCUUCCGCAAAAUCAACCCUGAUCUCGUGAUACCCUGGAGAGGCAGGUGUGAGAGCACAGUGCACCUCCAGCGGCUCCCGGACACUGACAGCUACUGUCUGAUCCUCCCUCCCAACCUGAAGUCAGCCAUCUCUGCCGUGACAUACAUGGCCGAGCAGCUGAAGAAGCAGGACACGGACGACACGAUGACAGGAGACUGGCAGUUCAUCGCCCUCGUGGUGGACCGUCUCUUCCUGUGGUUGUUUGUCAUCAUCACCACCCUGGGCACCCUGGCCAUGUUCUUGGACGCCAGUUUCAACUAUACACCCGACAACCCAUUCCCAUAGAAGACAAAAACACACUACGUUGGAGCUUGUUUGGUUGUCACUUUUUCUUAUUGGUGAUUUCUGAGAUCACCGGAUCUGACUUUCCAUAAACACCUAUUCCAUGUUACACUAUUCCAAAGUUCUGUUGUGUUUGUCAGGUCGGGUAGCAGUGUCCUUUUUGCAAAAAGUAGAAUCGCGCACACAUAACCUACAUAACAGAAUCCAUGUAUAGA